GUGAGCCUUCAUGACUUCCUCACUCGCCACUUGGGGAAUCCCUCCAAAAUGAUCUGAAUUAUUUUAUAUCGCAACUAUCCAUACCUCAGUUCCUUUAGCGUUCUUACUGAAGAGUUUCCGCGGACUACAGUGGAUGCAACAAGAGCAGGAAGUGAGUUGAGUGGGAUGGGGGAAAAGACAAUUGGUAGAAAAAGAGGGGACGAACACGCCCGUCCUGAAACUAAAAUAAAGUGAACGGAGUGCCAACAUCUAAUCGCGGACACCACAAAAGGAGACCGCGACAUUCGAUUUUAUCCAGUGCCUGCACUUGGAUCUUCCCAGUUAAAUUUUUCCAAUGGAAUGGAAUGGAACGUAUUCUCAGCAGAUCUUUUGAAUGUUGCCUCUGCAUUCCAAUCUCACCGAACAAGUCAAUUUGCUAAUAGUGAGGACAGUUGUGUCUCUCACACUCAUUCAAACUGGCUUUUAUUGACAUUUCUUAUCAAUAUACUGUACCAUUAUGGCUAUGCAAGAGCCAGGCCGGACCAAAGGCAUUUCGCGUAGACAUUAUGGUGUAGUAUGUGCAAGCAUGCCCAGUCUUUCGGAGCAUACAAACACUUUUCAUAACUUUGAAGAGGAACGCAAAUUUAAGUGUGAGGAAUGUGGGCGAGACUACAGGCAUGCUGGCAGCUUGGCUAACCACAAAAAAACACACGAGGUGGGCUCUUUUCAGUGUCCUAUAUGCUCCAGGAACCUCUCCAAUGCAUUGGCUCUCAAAAGCCACCUGCGCAUUCAUACGUCCAGAAAGAAAUAUGCUUGCACUGAAUGUGGAAAGGCUUUUCGUCUAGCAACUCAGCUAGCCACCCAUCAAAAGGUCCAUAGCAAUAAAGGGUCUCACGUCAAGGCAAAAAGUUUUGCAGAAAGUCAUGUCGAAAAUGAUGAUAAAGUUGAUGAGUUGCAUCUUGAUGAGGUAGAUUUUGACAUUAUGCCAGAUUUGCAGCCAGACAUGAAGCUGAAUAUUGCUCCAAUGAACAGCCAAAGUAACGGUCUUGUGUCAGAAAAUGUUUUAAACUGCACCCCAGAAAGUGACACAGCAGCUGACGAUGAUGCUGCAGGCAGGCCAUUCAAAUGCGACUUAUGUGACAAGACUUACAGACAUCACGGUAGCCUCAUAAACCAUAAAAAGACUCAUCAAAUGGGAGUCUUUGAGUGUCCAAUCUGUUUUAAACAGUUCAACAAUCUUGCUGCACUUACUAGUCACCAGCGAACCCACAGUAAAACCAGAGGCCGCCACAGUGCGCCGAACCCUAAACUUGCUCUUACUGACUGCAAGCAGGAGCAGGUCCCUGAUGUUACGCCACAGAAUGGUGAUGCUAAUAUUCAUUUUUGUCACCUUUGUCAAGUUGCUUUUGUUAACGAUGAUGAGUUUCAAAAUCACAUUCUGUUGCAUAACUCCUCCUCUGUGUCAUUUGAGCUCCCUACCAACCUACCAGAGGAGCACAAUCUUUCUUACAACGAUAAUGUUAUUCAUUCCCCAGAAUCUAAUCCUUAUCCCCCCUCUAGUGACACUCCACCAUUGCCUCCACUACUUGAUAAAUCUGUUGAUUAUGACCAAUCAGAAGGCCCCAUAGAAAAUGGUCAUAUAUACAUACCCAACUCUUUAGAUGAUGAUUCAUUGACUCUACAUGCUCAGGGACAACCGGUGACCCCACCAUCAGAAAACCUCGAUCCUGAUUGUUCAGCACAGGAUUUUAGUAACAUCAAAGUAGAAGAAACUGACAGUUCUGAUCGCCGCUUCAAGUGCAACAUCUGUGGUAAAAGCUAUAGGCAUGCAGGCAGUCUUAUAAAUCACAAACGAUCCCAUCAAACUGGAAUCUUUCAGUGUUCUAUCUGUCGCAAGAGCUAUCCACAUUUGGCGGCUCUGCGAAGCCACCUUAGGAUCCAUAAGGGCAGACCCAUAUCUUUGGCUGCUAGUUCUGAGGGGGACUGGCUUUCUUCAGAGCCCUUAACACAUGAGAGUCAUCAGGGCACCUUUGCAUCACAGGAGGGUGAUGAAAGUGGAAUCUUAGGCCUUCCUCAGGAACUGGUAUUACCUGUGCAGGAUGAUUCUAAUGAGGAGUAUGUGGAGGAGACUGAUUCUACUGAAUUUAAUGAGCAGUUUGACAAUUCCUAUUCUGAUGAGCAACUACCUCAGGAUGAACACAUCAUGGAGAGGCACAUGUGUGCAGACUGUGGUAAAACAUUUACCGAUAUUGCAGGAAUCAAAUCACAUGACUGUCCCCUCCUGAAUCAGCAGUAUCAGAGCAUGAUGAAUGGCUCAUCCAGUCAAACUGACUUUCAUGAAACAAAACAUCAGAAUUUCUUGGGGGAGUCAGGGGAGAAUGUUGGUUUUGGGCACAAUGACGGUCCAACUGAGGCCUAUUUUAAUCAGCAAACCUUUCACGACAACAUUGAUGAUCAGUUGAGUGAGAGUGAAGAUGAAGCUGAGUGUGAAGACAAUGAAGAAGAGGAUGAUGAAGAGAUGUAUCAGUGCUCUGUGUGUGGGAAUCACUAUACUAGCAUGAGUGCCCUGCGAAGCCACCUUCAAACUCAUACUCAAACUCAUGACGCACCUUCAGCAUCUGGCCCAUCUUUGGUUUCUUCUGUGGAGGUCAAGAGAGAUGAACAGAGUGAAAAUCAGCAGAGUGAUUGCGGUCUGAUUAUCUGCAGCCAAUGUGGAGAGAGCUUUGCAGAGCAACAGGACCUACAAGCUCACCAACUCUUGCAUAGCAACAUUGAAAGUAAUCCACAAGAACAAUUUGCAUCAGAUCAUCAGAAUGAGCUCAAACCAAAAGUGGAAAUGGAAAGUGUUAUUUGUGGGAAAUGUGGCUUUAGCUGCAUCGAUCUAUAUCACCUCAAUAACCACAAUUGCACGGGGCAACGAGAUGGACAAGUGAGGGAAAAAAGUGUCAAGAAGCCACUUCUUCGAAGUACAUUUCAGAUCCAUAAUUUCGAUGGUCUACAUGGAGAGCGACAAUACAAGUGUGACCAAUGUGGUCGUUCAUACAGACAUGCCGGAUCUUUGCUCAAUCAUAAGAAGUCACAUAAUACUGGAGUGUUCCGCUGCUUUGUUUGUCAAAAGCGUUUUUAUAAUUUGCUGGCCCUCAAGAAUCACCAGAGGACACACUUCGAUGUUAAAAAACAUCGUUGUGCAGAAUGUGGGAAAGCAUUCAAAAUCUAUAAACAACUGUUGAACCACCAGAGGGUACAUCAGGAAAACAAGGCAAAGAUUGAAGAACUCAACAAACAAAUUCAGACACUGAUGCAGAUGAGCGGGAAUGCCUCAGUGAGUGGAAUGCAGUCACUUAAUAAUCCCAGCAGAAAGAGAAUGAGCAGACGUCAUAAACAACGGCAAACCUCUACCAGUGAUCAGUCUAGCCAAGAAAAAGAGGCCCAGAAACGAGAUCCCAGGGACCCUCGUCCUUUUGUCUGCGAUCAAUGUGGGCGAAGCUACCGGCAUGCAGGAAGCUUGGUCAACCACAAAAACUCUCACAAGACAGGUGAAUAUUACUGUGCUUUGUGCAACAACACUUACUCAAACCAGCUAGCAAUGAAGAACCAUUUACGAAUACACUUUGCUGUCAAAAGACAUCGCUGCCAAGACUGUGGAAAGGCCUUCAGAGGAAACAAACAGUUACUCAACCACACUUGUUCGACCAAGAAGAGGAAUGCAGCACCAAAAGGAAAGGUCAGGGGUCGUAAACAAGAAAAGGAUUUAAAAUGCAAGCAUUGCCGUCUUGUGUUUCCUGAUCAUGAACUACUUCAAGGACACAGCUGUAGCGAAGUGCCUGUGCCUGAUUUAGGCCCCCAAGGGAGUGACAACCACAGAGCUGCCGUACAAAAAGAGGAAAGACCAUUCAAGUGUAACAUCUGCGGUCGCAGUUACCGUCAUGCCGGUAGCUUGUUGAACCAUAAGAACACUCACAAAACUGGCCUCUUCACCUGCUCAUUUUGUGCCAAGCCUUUUUCCAAUCCCAUGGCUUUACGAAACCAUACACGCAUUCACACACAAAAGAAAAAGUAUGUCUGUCCUACUUGCGGUAAAGCUUUCCGUCUCUCCAGUAUCCUGUACAACCAUCAAAAAAUCCAUGCACGGGGAGUAUCUCAUUACAGCUGCCAAACGUGUGGCAAAAGCUUCCAGGGAAAGUCUGGGCUAAAGAGACAUCGUUGUUACAGAAAUGGCAAUCCAAAGUCUGAUGUAAAUCAAGACAGCUCUGAUAAAUGCUAUACGUGUGAUCAGUGCGGACGCUCAUACAGACACGCUGGGUCCCUUCUCAACCACAAGAAAACUCAUUCUGCUGACCUCCUGAAUUGCACUCUCUGCCUCAAAACAUUUACAGACCCUAGGGAAUUAGAGAGUCACUCUCAAAUGGCUCGCCACUGCUGCCCCGAUUGUGGGAAAACCUUCUGUGAGUUUGCGCACCUGCAAAGCCACAUGGAGGUGCACAGUAAGGGACUCCCCUAUUACUGCAGUGUGUGUCAACAGAAUUUCCCGAACCUGGUUAGUUUUCAGCAGCACCAGGAGCUCCAUGGCAACUUGCAAGGGCAGUCACACCAAGAGCAAGGUAUGGCGAUGCAGCAGGGUUUAGAUUGGGACGCAGGACUGGAUCAGCAGAUUGGAGUUCAGAGCCUUCCUAAGAUCGAUUCAGCCUUCAGCAGGGUCCAUGGAUUCCCUGAGCCGCAAGACCAGCAGGAAAGUAGCGAGGGAUUUGAUAGGGAGGAGAAGAGUCAUGUGUGCGAGCACUGCGGGCGCACUUACCGCCACGCUGGUUCACUGCUCAACCACAAAAACAGUCACAAAAUGGGUUCCUUCUUCUGCUCCGUCUGCCAAAAGGAGUUCACCAAUCUCAUGGCACUGAAGAAUCAUCGGCGCAUUCACACUGAACCUAAACGCUAUCAGUGCCUGGAGUGUGGCAAGGCCUUCCGGGUCUCCACCCAGCUUAUCUGCCACAGGCGUAUCCACACCAAAGAGAAGCCCUUCUCCUGUCUCCUUUGCGACAAGCGUUUCUCUAGCAAGUCCAACCUCCGGCACCAUCAAAAGAUGCAUCAGAAUACCCAACAGACUUACGAAUCCUCCUUCAACAUGGAUGAAAAUGCAUUUAUGGGACUGGGUGUGGACCCUUUCCUCUAAGGCCACGCUCCAGGCUUACUGCUCAAAGGGAAGAUUUCAAAACAAUAUUCUAGUACAAGACUCUUUCUCCACCCAAGGCCUAAUGCCAAUAAUCCUACAACGUCAGGUUUUCUGCUGUACUUGUCCAGAUAGUGUCGCACACAGAUGCUGAUCUUGGCGAGUCUUGCCUCCUUUACUGUAGUGUUUUCAAAUGUUGUUCUUUAACGGACGCUUAAGACUGGCAUUGAUAAGAUACUACCUCUGGUAGGGACAGUAAUACUGUAGACAUUUUAGAAUAAGUGACAGUGCCUGUCAGAGACCAUUUUAGAUUUUUUAUUUUAUUUCAUGUUUUGUGUUCCCACACAGUGCACAAAUUGUAAGGUACAAUGAUGAGUCUCAGACUGAGAGCUUGGAUGAGUACUUCUGUCCAGACUCUAACCCAGUGCUGCCUUCAAGAGUCCGACCGAUUAUUUGGUGUUAUUGAACAGAACAAGGUUUUUUGUCUUGAAACAAGGUAUUAUGAGGAUUAAGGAUACAAUUUAUCCUUCUCAUUAUGUUUGUAUUAAGUGCUUCCAUAUUUCGAGGUUUUAUAUAUUUAUCGUACUGCUCAUGGUAGAUGUGCUAAAAUCAAUUCAUUGUCUCAUUAAGACCAAUGUACACAUGAUGUUCCUUCAGUUUCAUAAUGAAUUACUCUGGUAAGGCUGUUAAACAGCAACCUUCUCUAAGGCCUGUCCUGUAGAAAAUCUCAAAGAUAUUUAUUUAUUUAAAAAAUAACUAUUUAUACCUUAAGCAUACUUGUCUUUAUUACUGUUAUACGUGGUACACAAUGCAUGGUAUUAAAUGUGUAAUAAAUGCUAGGUCGGUUGAUUAUGUAGGUAUUCUAGAUAAUGGUUGUAAACAUUUAAGAAAUACCUCUAAAAACAUUCGCAACAGUGUAUUUGAAAUAACAACUGAAAUAUUUCAAUUUUCUUAGUGCAUAGUUUUCUAGUAAACGUUUUAUGAAGUGGGCGUUUGUUCUUCACAAGAUUUUGGAGCACAACUAAAUGAACAGACCCAAAAAUCCAUGAUCGGUCGGGCUCUGUUAGGGCAGAAAUUCACCAACUGAACACUUCAACAGGUUUAAAAUGCUCAGGUCUCGCAACUUACUAGACGCAAUGUAAGAAAAUACGUUUAGCUUGAUGCUUCUAUCAUCAAGGCUUCUAUGUCUGUCUUUGAUGCCAGAUUGAAUUUCAAUGUGCCAUUUCAUAUCACCGCCCUUCUUGGAUUAAAAAUUAUUUGUAAGAUGGUUUUCUUUUAAGCUUAUAGAUCAGUACUUACUGAUUAAUUAAGAGUAGAAGUCGUAAACAUUCACAUAUUAAUGGCUUAAUUGCAUUUGACAACUUAAACUGACAACUGAGACUCACUGUAAUCAGUUGCGUAUAUCUUAAAUAUAAAAUAUUUAUUUUUGUUCACAUGAUCAAUGUUUCUCUUUCUCGAGUAGGGACCCUAAUAAGCAGAAACUGUUUAUUUGUAGGUGUUGAUACCCUCACUUUCUUGAACUGAAUAAAACAAUAUAACAGUA